GGAGGCCCCCUCCAGAGAUGCUGGGCGUCAGGCUCCAGCCUGUCCUCACCCUCCUCCAGCAGCGAUCCCUUGGAGGGUCGUUGGUUCCAACCACCCUCAGCCUCAAGCCAAGGGAGGUGCCUCUGAGCUAGCUGCCGAAGGAGGCGGGGAUUGGAUUGUCUGAGGAGGAGAGGGAGGGACCGGCUCUCCUCGAGCUGGUGGCUGCAGGCGCCCUGGGUUGCCGCCGUCUCCAGGCGGAGCUGCACCCGGAGUCAGGUCUGUGUUGAGAGCGAGUGGAUGUCCGCGUGGACUAGGGCCGCGCGGGCCCCGCGCCUCCUACGGCUCGCUCUCGCGUGCUGCUGUGUAUGUUCGCUUCUUGUCACUGUGCGCCGAGAGGCAGGAGGACUAUGAAAAUGAUUCACUUUCGGAGUUCCAGCAUCAAAUCGCUCAACCAGGAGAUGAAAUGCACCAUUCGGCUGUUGGACGACUCGGAGGUCUCCUGCUAUAUCCAGAGGGAGACAAAAGGGCAGUUUCUUAUUGAACACAUCUGCAACUACUACAGCUUGCUGGAGAAGGACUACUUUGGAAUACGCUACGUGGACCCAGAGAAGCAAAGGCACUGGCUAGAACCUAACAAGUCCAUCUUCAAGCAAAUGAAAUCUCAUCCACCAUACACCAUGUGCUUUAGAGUGAAAUUCUACCCACAUGAACCCUUGAAGAUUAAAGAAGAGCUCACAAGAUACCUUUUAUAUUUGCAAAUUAAAAGAGAUAUUUUUCAUGGUCGACUGCUGUGCUCCUUUUCUGAUGCUGCCUAUCUGGGUGCUUGCAUCAUUCAAGCUGAGUUUGGUGAUUAUUAUCCUGAUGAACAUCCUGAGAAUUACAUCAGUGAGUUUGAGAUUUUCCCCAAGCAGUCACAGAAGUUGGAAAGAAAAAUCAUGGAAAUUCAUAACACUGAACUCAGAGGUCAGAGCCCGGCGAUCGCUGAAUUCAACUUACUCCUCAAAGCUCAUACAUUGGAAACUUACGGGGUGGAUCCACAUCCAUGCAAGGAUUCAAGAGGUGCUACAGCAUUUUUAGGAUUCACUGCUGCAGGGUUUGUGGUAUUCCAAGGAAAUAAGAGAAUCCAUUUGAGAAAAUGGCCAGAUGUCUGCAAAUUAAAGUUUGAAGGGAAGACAUUUUAUGUGAUUGGCACCCAGAAAGAGAAAAAUUCUGUCUUGGCCUUCCAUACUUCGACACCAGCUGCCUGCAAACAUCUAUGGAAAUGUGGGGUAGAAAACCAAGCCUUUUAUAAGUAUGCCAAGUCAAGUCAGAUCAAGACUGUGUCAAGCAGCAAGAUAUUUUUUAAAGGAAGUAGAUUUCGAUAUAGUGGUAAAGUUGCCAAAGAGGUUGUGGAGGCAAGCUCCAAAAUCCAGAGGGAUCCUCCUGAGGUGCACAGAGUCAACAUUACUCAGAGUCGAAGCUCUCACUCCUUGAACAAACAGCUCAUCAUUAAUAUGGAGCCCUUACAGCCCCUGCUUCCUUCCCCCAUUGAACAGGAAGAGGAAGUUCCUGUGACUGAGGGUGCCCCAUUGCCUAAAGCAGAUGUUUCUGAGCCCCUGACUGUCAGCUCACCAGUGAAGAGAGCUCGGGGUGCAGAUGCUCUGAGUGAAGAGGAAGAGAGAGGAAAAGAAGACCCCUUGACCAUCUCUGAACUAGCAUACAAUCCCAGCGCCAGCCUGCUCCCUACCCCAGUGGAUGAUGAAGAAAUUGACAUGCUUUUUGACUGUCCAUCUAGGCUUGAAGUAGACAGAGAAGACACGGAUUCAUUUGAGGAACUGGAAGCAGAUGAAAAUGCCUUUUUGAUGGCUGAAGAGGAGGAGCUGAAGGAAGCUCAUCAAGCUUUAUCAUGGAGCUAUUCCAUCCUGACUGACCAUAUCUGGGUCAACCCCCUGGUCAAGAGUUUCUCCAGGCUCCUUGUGGUGGGCCUGGGAUUGCUGCUGUUUGUAUUUCCCCUGCUCCUCCUCCUUUUGGAGUCAGGUAUUGAUCUCUCCUUCUUAUGCGAAAUCCGUCAGACACCAGAGUUUGAGCAGUUUCACUAUGAAUAUUACUGUCCCCUGAGGGAGUGGGUGGCUGGGAAGGUCAACAUCUUCCUCUACAUGCUGGGUUGUUCAUAGGUUCAUAUCUGAUAAGACCAAGGGCUAUCUUCAAUACUAGUGGUAUCAUUUUCAGUAGAUGCUAGGUUUUGAUUGGCCUUGGGUUGUCAAAACGUAUUCUUUUCUCUUAAUUGACUGCUCAAACAUUGAAAGUAGU